GCAACAUUUCCCGGGAUUUUGGAGCCUAGAAAUAAACAAUAAUCGCUCACACUGCUGCAAAGCUGCUAGUUCGCUAGCCUCCAGAUCUGACUGUCAUACGCUGCUCUUGAACCCGAGCGAGAGAAGCCUCACACACUGACGUAUAGAGACGGGCCGCAGAAUGCCGCCUGUGUCUGGACUGGACACGGGUCCGCUUGAAGAAAGCUCCGGGGGUCUUAAACAUUCAGACUGCCUUUGUCCGGUCUGUCUGGACAUAUUCCUGGAGCCCGUCACUUUGCCCUGCAUGCACACCUUCUGCAAACCCUGCUUUAUGGAAACUGUGGACAAGUCCAACAUUUGCUGUCCGCUUUGCAGAAAACGCGUGUCCACUUGGGCGCGACUCAACAGCCGCAACAAGACCUUAGUGAAUGUGGAGCUGUGGAGACGCGUGCAGGAUGCUUUCCCCGCUCAGUGUGAGCGGAGAGCGCAGGGAGUCGAGGACGACGAUGAUGCUGUAACGAUUCCGAGACCUCUCGUGUGUCAGCCGGGAGAGCUGAGGAAAGAGUAUGAGGAUCAGAUCAGUAAGCUGGUGGAGGAGAAGCGAGCUCUAGAGGAAGCCGAGAGGAGAGCCAGUGAGGAGUACAUCCAGCGGCUGCUGGCUGAGGAGGAGGAGCGCAUGGCGGAGGAGAGGAGGAGACGGGAGGAGCAGCAGCUGGAGAACGAUGAGAAGCUGGCCAGACUGCUGAGCCAAGAGCUGAAUUCAGGACCAAUCUCUGAAACAUCAUGGACCGCCAAACCUACUGAUAAUACACCAGCAAAGAAGACAAAACCAAACAUUGAGAAGUUUUUGCGUCCAGUGCCUCAUAAGCAGCCGAGCAGUUCUGACAGCAGCCCAGACUCCUCUCUGAUGGCUAAUAAGGAGAACAUUCUGAGCCCUCCAAAAACCCUCUCAGCACAAUCUGUGGCGGACACAAGCAAACUGAGCACGUCUGUGCUGGACUACAGCGGGAAACCCUCCACCUCCAGCUGCUCAGAACACACGUUUGAUUUUAACAGUCCAAACAGCAGCUCGCUGAAAAGGAAGAGUUCAGAGGUCGAGCUUCAGACUGAAGCGGAUCUGCUCGAUAAGAGGCCCUGUGCCGCUCCACAGUGUGAGUCUCCUUUAGCCGACAACACGUUCCUGUCUGAAGUGGCGUGGUACGAGGAGGGCUUACAGAGCCACUGGCAGCAGGAGGAGGAGGACCGGAGACUGGCCAUGCGACUUCAGAGGGAGCUGAACCGUGAAAACACCGUGGACCGCAGGAAGGGUUCAGCCAACGGCUAUUCACUCCGGCAAAAACCCACUCCGCCUUCCACAAGCACAAACCCAGACGAGGAAAAUACGAGUAAGAACAUCAGUACGACACGGUCUGGAACAGUAGGAACGACGCCUGGGAAGAGCCUUGCAUCUUCUCCUUCAACAACCGUCCCAGCUGCUUUGAAGAAGGGGGCGAAACAGACCACCCUUACUAAGAUGUUCCCCAACCUGAGCAGCUGAACGAUGCUCUGCUGCUUUUAUCUGGUAUCUUAUUCACCCUUCAGACUCGAAACCCUUGUUAGGUGCUGUGCUGCUACUAAAGGACGUCCUGCAGCCGGUUUCCGUUGUCUUUUUCGGUUUCUGCCCAUAUGUUGCUGAUACUCCUUCAGUGCCUUUCUAGGGAGGGUCAUCCUGUGAAGUCAUGAUGAUUUCGUUUUCUGGAGCGUUUUUAUAGUCAUGACUAGCUUAGAGUUUGGAAAUGGUGUGAAUGCUGCAGAAGAAAGUCAUUUUGUAAGCAUUUGCAGGCAUUUUCACUUUGAUUGAAUAAAAGGACAGUUCGGUUUACA